UGUUUGCGUGUGUCCCUGUGUGUUUGCGUGUGUCUCUGCAUGUCUCUGCGUCUCUGUGUUCCUCUAUGUCUAUACCUCCCUGCGUGUCUCUUUGCGUGUCCCUGUGUGUCUGUGCGUGUCUCUGCACGUCUCUGCGUGUCCCUGUGUGCCUGUGUUCCUCUAUGUCUAUGUGUCCCUGCGUAUCUCUGCGCGUCUCGGGGUGCAGAUCGAGGAGAAGCGACGGCGCGAGGCCGAGGAGCGAGCUCGCACGCGAGCGGACGAGGAGCGCGAGGAGCGGCGCCUGCAGCAGCAACGCGAGAGCAUCCGCGCCGAGUACGAGCACGAGCAGGCACGCCGCCAGCGCCAGGGCCUCGAGCACAGAGCCAAGAACGAGGAGGUGCUCAGGGAGGCGGAGGAGAAGCUGAGGAGGGAGAGCGAGGAGCGGAGGCUGCGCGACGACGCCGAGCGGAGGAAGCAGCGGGAGGAGUCCGCCCGGGCACGCGAGCAGCCGCGCGGUGGCCAGCGAGUAACCGACUCCCCCCCCGUGCCGGCGCUCAUGAAGGAGCGGAGGCGCAGCGCGGAGAGGAGGGCCGCCACUCCCCCUAAAGCUCUCAAGUACGAACGACCGGAUACGGCAUCGAGCAUCGGCUCUCCUCGGAGGCAUCUGAUGAGGGAUGGCGAGCAGGGUGCCCUCUCUGACCUCUCGUACCUGCGGCAGCAGCUGCGCAGCGAGCGCCAGCAGCUCGAGGGGGAGCUCCGCGCGGCCGGGAGGGCCUCGCCCGAAGACCGGCCCUCGCCGGCGCCGCGAAGGCGCCGUGAGAAGGAGAGGCCCCGCUCGGCCGUGCGCGUCCUCAUGCCGCCCACACCCGUGGAGGAGCUCAACUUCCAGACCCUGCGAGACUUUCACGACCUCAAGUACCGCGUGGACUCGCCGUCCCGUGCCGCCCUGCGCCGCCUCUUCCCCGAGCCGGCCACGGACGCCGCGGCGCUGGAGCUGCAGCAGACGACGCUGCUGGGCGAGCAGCAGCGCAAGCUGCACGCGCUACACGCGCGGCUGCACGGCACGGGAGACUUGUUCCCAGCAGCUGCUGCCCCUUUUACCGUGAACGCGGCGGAGCGGCCACCGUUCUCUCACCCCGGCCUCGAGCCUCGAGCCCCAUUUCUCAGCUCACUCGGUGACGAGUUCAUGGUGGGCGACCUGGCGGACGUGCCCAGAGCGCGCAGGGUGAGCUUUGUGGAUCCCAGCAGCUCCCCGCCUGGCACGCCCCCCACGGCAGGGUCGGCUCUCCGCCUGCUACCCGACUCCUUUUCCCUGGGCUCCACCUCGUCGAGCCUCAACGUGGAGAGGAUCCAAGCGCGCAACCACGAGCGGCUGCGACGUCUCCACGGCUGGGACAACGACGUGGCGGCCGGGCCUGGCGAGGCGUCACCCCUCUUCAUCCCCGGGCGUCACCGUCCCGGAUCCGCCAUCUCCGCCGACUCCAUCACCUCCGUUGCCACGGAGCCCUGGCUCAGGCCUGGCUCUCGGGGCAGCCUGCGCCUCGACUUGGGCGUUCUGUCGACUGGUGCUGGAGACUAGAGCUGCUCUAUCCAGUUAUUUAAGUAAUUGGUCACUCACCCGAUUACCGGUCACUCACCUGAUUAUAAUGAUAAUUAUUGGUCACUCACCCAAUUGUCGGUUUAAUUAAUCGACUCAUCGGCCAUAACACGGGAAUAGUUGGAAUAAAAAUCUCACCUCAUUCUCCACAUGUGCCACUGGACGGGAGGUGAUGGGCAGGGCUUGGUGACAUCAUCGGCUGUUGCGUCACGCUGGGCGUGGCUUGCAGGGGUUUGCUGCCUUCAGAAGACAGGAUGUUUUGGCCGCCACGAUUUUUAAAGGGGCCCCCAAGUAAUCGAUCACAAAACAAGCAGUCGAUCACGAUUUGUAGCCAAGUAAUGGACUUGCAGUGAGUGGGUUCAUGAACCCGUCUGUUCGGACUGGCGAGUGUUGUCUUCUUGCAUGCUCAUUGGUUUCCUCCGGAUACUAAAAAUACUUCUUUUAGAGUAAUUGAACCUUAUGGUGGUACCCCAGGGUACCAUAGUACCCCGGCUCUCACUUAAUGUCCAUGAUGUAGCCAUUUUUAGUCUGUUGAUGGACUGUGAUGCGGCAAUCGACGAGCUGUACACGAUGCACUAUGGUGGAUUCAAGCAUUCAAGGUUUCAGCGCAAUCGUCCUCGCUGCAUAUCGACAUUGCGGAGUAGCACUGAUUUCGGAUUCAUUGGUACCCCAGUCGCGGAGUUAAGUACACCCCUCGAAAACAUAGUGUCCCAGAAAUAAAAUAUUUAAUUUUGUGUUAUUUGGUAAACUUGGGUACCGCCAUGAGGAUCAAUUGGCCAAAUAACCAAAAUCAGGAUCAGCCCUGCAGUGGACAUUGGGGUGAAGCUCUCUCGGAAGAUAAACAGCUUCCAUUUUCUACUUGGAUGUAAUUGUGUGCACCAGUGUAAACUAAAACUGAACAAUUGUUUUUAUUUUACCAGGUAAGGGCCACUGAGCUACAUACUGUAGCUGUUUUUCAGAAGCCACCUGGCCACAAAUGAUAGCCCAACGAAGUGGCUUAUUACCUGGAAAUUUAUAUAGCAGCGAAAGACUCUUACGCAUGAUGUUGAUUCUAAAUGUGGAGGGAAAAACCGGAGGACCUGGAGAAAAAAAA